AUGACCCAUCGACAGGUCGUCUGCUGUUCCGGCGAUGAUUUGAACCCUCAUAAUAUGUCGUAUGGAUUGGAGAAUGAAUUAACUAGCAGAGACAGAGACAUGCACAAAACAGCAGCAUACUACAAUCACGCUCCACCCUACCAAGCGUACUUUCCUGUUGAAAAUGGAUAUCCAUCUUUUGAUGCACCGUAUGGGCAUCCGAGCCCCUCUCCACCAGGUGGUGACUUCUAUCCGUGUUCUCUUCAGAGUUCUCAUAAUCCCUCACAUGGAUCUGAAUAUAUUCCUACCCAGGCACAUUAUCCAGGAAAUGAGCCGUACCCUAACGGCCACAGCAUACAAACCAUUUCCUGUCCCCCAGGAGGAACUAAUACCGGCACACCUAUUUCUGGAAAACAAAGUGAAAUUUAUCCAUGGAUGAAGGAUUCUAGACAAAAUUCAAAACAACGUCAACAACAGCAGAAUCAGUCACAACAACAGAAUUCACAACAACAACAGCAACAACAACCACCACCAGCUACAACACAGACUGCACAACAACCUCAGGCAACGCAACCUCAGCAGCAACAACAACAGUCACAAGGGCAGUCGCAGUCACAGUCAUCACAAUUAUCCGAGCCAACCAAAAGAGCCCGGACCGCCUACACAAGCGCUCAGCUGGUGGAACUGGAAAAGGAAUUUCACUUCAACAGAUAUCUAUGUCGACCACGACGAAUAGAAAUGGCAGCCCUUCUCAAUCUUACAGAACGACAAAUCAAGAUCUGGUUUCAGAACAGAAGAAUGAAAUUUAAAAAGGAGCAAAGACAUAAGUCUUCUGAUAAAUGCGGGCGGUUAGACGGAGGGAAUCUGUCAGGAACGGACAGUGAUAGUCAGGGAUCUUUGUCUGGAGGGCCGGACGGCCUAGGCAGUGACUGUGGCGGUAAACUUAGUCCGGACGGUCUAACUCACGGAAACGUGAACGGGCACGGAUUACAAUCCGGAAUGGGGUUAUCUAUUCACCAGGGGAUGCCUCAACAGCAUUCACCUCAACUGCCAAGUCCUCAGCCUCAUCCCCACUCCAAUCAGACUAAUAUCGGAGUGACGUCAUAUCCGGGAGAAAAUGUCAUGAAUCCAUAUCAGCAGUAUCAACAGAAGCAGAGUCCCAAUUCUCCUUUAAUGAAACCAUCAAUGUCCCCCAACCCACAUCACCAGAAUGGACCAAAUAUGAACAUGCAAAACAUGGGUCAACCUCAUCAGCAGCAACAACCUCCCCAGCAUCAUCAGCAUCAACAACAUAUGACGUCACAUCAACAGUACUUACACGUGAGCCAGUCCGGCCAAGGUUAUCACUCCGGUCAUUAUAUGAAUAACAUGUACCCGGAUGUAAACCCUAUGGAGGACGCUGACCCCGGGGUCAACUUAGGGGUUAACUCUAUAUACCCGUCCAACAUGCCUUGUGCGGUCAGUAGCGUCAAUAACUGUUACUCUCAGGGCUAUGACUAUGUGCCAAAACUGACUCAUCUUUGA